UGGACAAGGGAAAUAAGAUCGGAAAUUGUUAGAGCGGUACCGCGCGUGCCACCGUCGUUGGUCGUUCCCCGACUGGACUAGCAUCGCCCCUCCAAGGGACCAUGUUCUCAAAGCGAGCGUGCCUAUUGGUUCCCGAACAACAUUGACAUGAGCGGGCCGUUACAACUCACUUCUACUGUGAGUGUCGACUUCCAGUAUGAGUUGGACAGCUUGUCUAGACCUCUCUUCAGCCAGCAUUUUCAAUGCGACUCGACCUCGCGAAAAGUCCGAUGACGCCCUAUGUCUUGUUUGAUCUUUCUGUAGCCGGUGUAAGAGGCAGAAAGUGAAAUGGGCGGGCAGCCAGUCGGGAGUCGCGGUCUGGAAGUUCAGCCAAAGUAGAGACGAGAGACGAAGUCUGGGAAAAAGUGAAAAACACGCGCCAUUCCCAAUCAGUCGCCGAGCACGGUUCCACACAACCAUAAUUCCAGACCUGCGCAGCAAACAUCCCUGCUGCCCUCCACGCCUCUCUUCUAUCGCCUGGCUCCUCUCUUGGUCCUCGUCGGCGGUCUCCAUAUUGCUGGUCCCCGGGUGGGGGGCCAUUUCCAUUUCGAACCUUGUCUUGUCUGCUGUCGAAUCCAUAGCCGAUGUCUCGCUCUCUUAGAGGUGACCCAAAGGAUCAUAGUCCAGGCGAUACUCUCGCACUUCUUUGACGCUUGUCAUUCGCCCUACGAGGUACAACAGCCCUCCCUGGAAUCCCUCCAUCUCGUCCCGACCUCUACGCUAGCACGUAGUCUCCGAGGUGGAGGCUGAUUCUGAACCAUGUCUUCGUCUUCUUCCUCGUCGGUGUUCCUAGUCGUCGCAUCUUCCGGGUCCACUAGAGAGUGUUCGUUGCCAAUAUCCAUGCAUGUAACUCUGUAGAAGGCUGUCAGCUCAGAUGGCACCAAGUCCCCUUGCCCACAUGUGUCCUGCUUAUAAGCCAAACACACUCCCCGAUCCCCCUAAGCUUUGAGUUUGUCUGCUCCUCACGCUCCUCCCUCAUCCUUCCCAGCAGGUCAUCAAAGCCACCCAAACCUGCUUUCUUCUUCGGGCCUGACUUUGCCAUUCGUUUAGUCAAACCGGACUUUGAGCAGAUCGACACAAUGGCCGGUGUCAUCGAACCUUCGCACGCCGCGGGCGUGGACACCGCCGCUCCUCGCGAGCUGACCGGUGCCGACAUCAAGCACAACAAGACCUCGGGAGGAAAUGCAGCCUUCCAUAACUUCAACAACGACUUCGCUCACGUCGCUGACGCCAACGAGCGCCGUCGCCUUGCUUUGGCCGAGAUCGACAAGGCGCCUUUCGGCUGGUACCAUGUUCGUGCCAUCGUUGUCGCUGGUAUUGGUUUCUUUACCGAUUCGUACGAUAUCUUCACCAUCGGUCUCGUCACCUCCAUGCUGGGCAUAGUGUACUUCGGCGGCACUCUUCCUGCUGAGCACGACACCGCUAUCAAGGUCGCUACCUCCGCCGGCACCGUUGUUGGUCAGGUCGGAUUCGGUGUUCUGGCCGAUAUCGUCGGUCGUAAGAAGAUGUACGGUGUCGAAUUGAUGGUCAUCAUCAUUGCUACCCUUGCCCAGGCUCUUUCGUCUUCCUCCCCGUCUGUUUCCAUCGUCGGCCUCAUCGUUUUCUGGCGUAUCAUCAUGGGUAUCGGUAUCGGUGGUGACUACCCCCUUAGCGCUAUCAUUACCUCCGAGUUUGCCACGACGAAGUGGAGAGGAUUUAUGAUGAACGCAGUAUUUGCCAACCAGGGUUUCGGCCAGCUUGCCGGUGGCAUCAUGCUUCUGAUCGUCACCGCCGGCUUCAAGGGCUCCCUUGAGACUGCUAGCAAGGCCGCCACCUGCUCUACCACCGAGCCUUGCAUCAUGGCCGUCGAUAAGAUGUGGCGCACGAUGAUCGGCUUUGGCGCUGUUCCUGGCUGCAUCGCUUUGUACUUCCGCCUUACCAUCCCCGAGACUCCCAGAUACACCUUCGAUGUCGACAACGAUGUUUCUAAGGCUGAGGGCGACGUCGACUACUACAAGCAGGGCAAGUGGGGUGAGUCUCAGGUCGAUGAGGCUGCUCGCGUCAUCGCUCGCCAGGAGGCCAAGCAGCAGCUUGAGGUUCCCAAGGCCUCGUGGAAGGAUUUCUUCAGCCACUACAGCACCUGGAAGAACGCCAAGGUCCUCCUCGGUACCGCUGGUUCAUGGUUCUUCCUUGAUGUGGCGUUCUACGGCCUGGGCCUCAACAACGCCAUCAUCCUCAACGCCAUCGGAUGGUCUGGUGGUGCUGAUAUGUACCACAUCUUCUACAAGACGGCUGUUGGCAACCUAAUCCUUGUCUGCGCCGGUGCGGUUCCCGGAUACUGGGUCUCUGCCGCUCUCGUCGAUACCAUUGGCCGCAAGCCCAUCCAGCUUUUCGGAUUCUUCGCUCUCACGCUCCUCUUCUGCGUCAUCGGUUUCGACUACUGGAACCUUUCGGGCUCUGCUCUCAUGGCGCUGUACACCCUCUCGCAGUUCUUCUUUAACGCCGGUCCCAACUCAACGACCUUCAUCGUUCCUGGCGAAUGCUUCCCUACCAGAUACAGAUCCACUUCUCACGGAAUAUCUGCCGCCUCAGGCAAGGUCGGUGCCAUUAUUGCGCAGGUGGUCUUCGGACCCCUCCGUACCAUUGGUGCCGAUGCCGCCAAGGCCAAGACCGACCCGAGAUACAGCACUCCUUGGCUCAACCACAUCAUGCAGAUCUUUGCGCUCUUCAUGCUUUGCGGUUUCUUCACCACCCUUCUGAUCCCCGAGACGGCGAGAAAGACGCUCGAGGAGCUCUCCGGCGAGGACGACCUGGCAACAAGUGCUAUUCCCGUCCACGGACACAACGAGGAGAAGCGUGUUGAGGAGGGCACUGCUGCCGGCUCCGUCUAGACAUGGUGCCACUGAAGGUGAACCCAAAUUUAAGCAUUCGUUGUUUUGAGCAGCGAUCGAUACCCUUAAUUGUAGUAAAAGAUGGUGUGGAAGAGUUUCAUACGUAGUAUAUUGUAGACAUAAUAGACAGCAUUAUCAGCUGCAGGUUGCGUUGCUCAGUCAUGCUGGUUGUGAUCGAAUCGUGGGAAUUGUGAUCUUGGUUCCGCCGACCGUCCAUACAACGGG